AUGAUCUCAUGUGCCGGUUGCCAAUUGCCAAUAUGUGAUAAAUUUCUCCUCAGCGUUUUAGAUCGCAAAUGGCAUACCAAAUGUGUUCAAUGUUCACAAUGUAAAGUGCAAUUAAGUGAAAAAUGCUUUAGUCGUGAUGGCAAAUUAUACUGUCGAAAUGAUUUCUAUAGAACGUAUGGAACUAAAUGCUCAGGUUGUGGUAUCGGAAUACCGCCUAAUGAAUUAGUACGCCGAGCACGAGAUGAUGUCUACCAUAUCAAGUGUUUAAAAUGUGCAAUUUGUGGUCGUCAAAUGUCAACUGGCGAGCAACUUUAUAUUAACCAACAUAAUCAGUACAUUUGCCAAGCUGAUUAUCAAAAUUCAAUUUCUUCAACUAAUACAAGCCUAAAUGAUCAAUCGUUAACCGAUGACAAGGAAGAUGAUAAUUCGGACUAUGACGAGAAAGAAGAUGAAACAGAAGAUCUAUUAGAUAAUAAUAAUGAAGAUGAUCUUCAAGCUGAUAACGAUAAUGAAAGUGGAAAUAAUUGUAAGAAACGUGGACCGAGAACAACGAUUAAGACAGAGCAAUUAGAAAUGUUAAAAAAUGCUUUUGCUAUAACGCCUAAGCCAACUAGAUUGAUACGGGAACGCUUGGCGCAACAAACAGGAUUAAAUAUGCGUGUUAUCCAAGUUUGGUUUCAAAAUCGACGCUCAAAAGAGCGACGUGUUAAACAAAAUGCAUGCCGAGCCAUGUUCCGCCAUAAUUAUCAACCAUAUUUAUUGCCGUAUAGACAUGGACAAUUACGUUAUGAUAUGAAAUUACCUCAAUAUAGUGACGAAACAUGCAGUAGUCCUUCCUUUGUGCCAAUGAUAGGUAAGUCCAUUUACAUAAGUAUAUAA